UUCAGUAAACUCGUAAUUGAUGUCUUCGCUUGUCAAAAACGACUCGACUAUCAGGAGUUUCAACAAACAAAAGUGACGCGUUUGUACAGAACAGUGGUCAUAGGAAAUGCUCCACACGUUGUUAAAUCGCCAUUUGGAGAAGAAGACAACCUGAAUAUUGAUCUACAUCGGAUGGAUCUUUCACACACAUCCUGGAAUCAAGCGCUGAGUGCAUAGGCACUUCUUGCAGAACAUGGGUGGUGUUUGGGUCUCCAGACAUGACCAAUUGACCAAGCUGUUUCGCUUAAAGAAUUUUGAAAUCACGUGUCGAUUUAAAUGAAGUAGCAUGAUGGAGUACAGCGAGAGAGUUCUGUGUGCCUCUGGUGAGGUGGAGCUGGAUCCCAACAUCGUCAGUGAAGAAGCAGGGAAGCUCUAUUCAGAGCUGCAGACUGUUAUCGAGACCCAUGGAGAAGGUGUGGUUGAGUCCCUGCUGCCCAUCUUUGUCUGGGUGCUGGAGGGCCUGGCCAGCUGCAAGGCCCAGCUGAGAGAGCGAGAGGAGGAGGCAGAGAGAGAGAAAGCAGAGCGAGAAGGUCUGCUGGAGAGAUACCAGGCAGAGAAAACCCUGAGAAAAGACAGCCAGGAGAGGUAUUUGGAGCUGGACGACCAAAUAGAACAAGAAAGGAGAGCUAUGAGAGUGAGAGAGAAGGAGCGAGAACGGCGGGAGAGAGAGUUGGAGAAGAAAGCAAGAGAGCAAGCAGAUCAAUUGGUGGCCCUGGAGGAGCAGAAGGCUAAUCUAAGCAGAGAGAUGAGCACAUUAAGAAUCUCUCACAACAAGUUGUCUCACUCGUAUCGGGAGCUGAUGGAGAAAAAAGCAGAUCAUGAAAGAGAUUCUUCUGAAAGAUCUCCGAUCACUAGGAAUCAUUUACCGUCAAAGCCUGGUGAAUUUCAACCGAACCAUGUGUCCAACUUCAGUGAGCAGCAGACUUUCCAAAGACCGCAUUCAAACUCUGGCCCUCCAUGUGUGGAAGAUCUUGUACCAAAGGAAGAAUCUGGGAUCGACAUUGUAGCCAAGUCUGAUCAGUUUGUCAAUGACAUCAUCAGCUCCACUCCAGAGCUGAGACCCUUCCACAGCAGCAGCACCCCGGUGAGACCAGCUGAGACGCGAGCAGACGACUCACUCCAGACCAGCGUGGAGGAGGAGAUGAAAGAGGUUGAUGUGGUAGAGGAGGUGAAAGAGAAAGACCAGGAAGCGGAAGGCGAGGAGGAGCUGGAAGACGACAGCGUGGAAUGGGAGCUGCGCAACACAGAUUCCGUGUUCUCUGAGUUGUCGGAGUUGAGCAGGGAUUAUGUGGAGAGCGUGGACCGAGGAGUCAGCAUCAGAGGCAGUUCGGACCAGUUUGAAGAGAUUCUUUCACAGUAUGAGGAACUCAAAGUCAUCCAUGAGAUGACGGACGCCGCUCGCAAGGCUCUGAUUUCCAGAGUGGUUGAACUGAUGGACGAUCGGACAGCGCUGCAACUGGAAGUGGCCUCUCUUCAGGAGACGCUCUCUCGGUUAGAGGGACGAGUGAAGGAGAAGGACGAGGAAAAUAAAAGGCUUCGGGAACAAGUGGAGGAUGAGGAUCCGGAUGCCUUGCUGCCCUCCUCCAUGCGCCACUUCUCCCGCUCUGAGAUGGCUCGCGUCGUCAUGGAGAAGAACCAGUACAAGCAGCGUCUGUUUGAACUGCAGGAAGCAGUCAGGCGCAGCCAAACCCUCAGAGCCUCCAAAGAGGAGCGCUUCAGUGAUGAACGAAGGUCAAGUGUUUGGAGGAAGUUUAACCGCUUUUUUGGCCUCUCUAAAGAGCCCUUGAUCCUUCCCUCCGUUCCUUCAUACGGUCUCCAGACAUCACAGUCUUUCAGUCGCCCACCACGGGAGUCUUCACAUCUGCAGUCAGUCAGGAAGUCCGAGGCUGAAUCUUCUGCUUCCUCUCCUCGUGCUCGGAGAAGAGAAGUCUACAAGGAAGUGCGCUCUCACAUCUGGGGCUCCCUCGGGAAACGGCAGCUUCAUGGAUGGAGCGUGCCACUGGGAAGUGCUCAGGUCGAAGAGGAUUCCCAGAGUCCAGCUCCGGAGCCUAAAGAUGUUCCUGUUUUGAUGCAGCUCAGAUUGUUGGACCAAAGAGACUCCACAGCCAAAGUAAACAUUAUGAACUGUGCGGUCGCAGUUCCGCCAGAGAUCUCAGGAGAGGCAACAUGUUCAGUGUGGGUAGUGUCUGGCCCCGCCUCCAGCAGUGAAGUCACAGUCAUUGAUCCCGCACGCUCCAACACUGUCCUGGAUCAGUUCAGCCUCCCUCCCACUGCCCCAGCCCUCUGCAUCUGUGCUGUGCCCCCUGUAGGUGAAUCUCGGGGAACUGUGUGGAUCGGAACACAGGAGGGAAGUAUUCUUGUCCACCCAGCAUCAGGUGGAAGGAGAAGAUGUCUUUACUCUGCCUCACUCUCAGAAAGUGUUCACUCACUCACGUUUUCACAAAAUCAGGUCAUUGCCGGUUUUGGAAAUGGGACAUUAGCUUUCUUCUCACACAACUCAGGACAUUGGAAUCUGCAGAUACACUCAGUCCUGCCUCUUGGCUCCACCCCUCUGCAGCCCAUCCGCUGCUGCCUGGCAAGAAGUGGCAAGCUGUGGGUCGGCUAUUGGAACAAAGUCCACGUGGUAGACGUGAAGAGCAAGAAGGUUGAGCAAGUCUUCUCAGUGUCGGAGCGCAGCGAGCAGCAGGUUCGAUUCCUGUGUGCCGGCGGCAGCGGUGUUUGGGCUUCCUGCCGGCUUGAUCCCAUCCUCAGGCUCUUUGACUGGACCACUGGACGGCCUCUGCAGCAAGUGGAUUUCUCUGCUGUGGUCACCAAAACACUAGGCCAGGCCUUCCUGACUCUGUCACCUCUUCAGAUCUCAUCUCUCAACAUCAUCUCUGGUCGACUAUGGGUGGGCACUGGAGGUGGAGCCAUCGUCUCCAUCCCCUUAUCAAUAACGUCUGAGGACGUCUCUAUUCCUUACUGCUCCACUGGCUCAGCCCAGCUCUGUUACCACGGACACCGGCAGGCGGUGCGAUUCAUCACUGCGGCGCCCGGUUGUUUGAUCACCUCUCCUGGCAGCGCAGUCACCACCUCCCUGCUGGUCAUCAGCGGGGGCGAGGGCUACAUCAACUUCAGAAUCGGCGAUGAUGCAAGCGACGACUCUGCUUCUUUAACCCAAGCGACUCCACAGCGGUCCGAGCGCAGUCACAUGAUCAUCUGGCAGAUUCCCUCCUCCCCUGUCCCCGGUCCUGCCCUCUGACCUGGUGGACUGUGCUCUCUUGUCUCAUGUUCUCUUGGGCAACUGGAAUCAGUCUCUUUCUUGGAUUCAUGUUUACCCUUGUCAACUGGAUUAUCAAACUGGUGAUGCUGCCUUUCCCUGCUUGUUCCUCUCACUGGAUGAACACAUGAAGUUUUGCACUGAGUUUGCGAAAGGCAGUUUAGUGUCUCAUCAGUGUAGCAUGAGCAGCCACAGUGUGUUGAGGGCUGACGUUUUAGCUGCAGGGCUGAAUUGGACGUGUGGUGCCUUUUAAUGUACAUUUGUGCAGAACAUGUAUAGACCAUCAUUUUCUCUGAAAGAACCAAAGAUGCAAAUGUACUAUUUAUUUGACUGUCUUUCACCAAUGCCAUGAUUUGUCUUAAAGUGUUAUGUGCUUUACUUGAUACACAAUCAAAGAGCGAAAUUCUUUAUUUGUUCUCUGCAGUAUUUAUGUGCAGGUAUUACUUCCUAUGUCCUCAUGUGACUGUAUUUUUCUUUCAGAAACAAUCAACUAUGGGAUUAUGAUUCUGUUUAUCUGACUGUGAUUAAACU